AUGCAAAUGCCGGUUCUCAGCUGCACUUUCCUCACGCUGUCAGAUCGUGAGGAAAGUAUUGCCGAGAACCGGCGGUUGUCAAAGCGGGGAUCAGCACCGAUCAUCAGGGUCACUGAUCAUCAGUGCCCUGAUGAUCGGUGCCCAGCAGUGCCACACACAAGUUGUGCCCAGCAGUGCGCCCACCUGUGCCCAGCAAUGCACCCACCUGUGCCACCCAGCAGUGUCACCACCUGUGCCCAGCAGUGUCACCACCUGUGCCCAGUAGUGCCACCCACCUGUGCCCACCAGUGCCACCCACCAGUGCCCAUCAGUGCAGCCCAGCAGUGCCGC